AUGGAUGUGACCUCCCAAUCAGCAGCUGAAUCGGACGUCGUCAACGCUGUCGCCGCCGCUGCCGAGCAGACGGAGGCGCCGCCGGCGUACAUCUCGAUGGUGGAUCCGUUUCUGGUGGAGGCUCUUCAAAACCCUCGUCAUCGAUUGACUAUUUUGCGUAUGGAGCUCGAUAUCCAGAAAUUCCUUCAGAAUCCCGAUUUACAGCUGUUCGAGUUUCCACACUUCCCUACUUCUUACCUCCGUCUUGCAGCUCACCGUGUUGCUCAACACUAUGGUCUACAGACUAUGGUUCAAGAUACAUCUGCAGAUGGUAUACGAAUUUUGGUCAUAAAAAAACCAGAUAGCAAAUUCCCUUCUGUUACCCUGUCUGAUGUACCAGCUAAAGAGUCGGAAAAUGACAAACUUGACAAAAUUAAGGUUGUCCUAAAGCCUAGGCCCAAAGCUUCCUCGAACGAUGCCAGUGAGUCGGGGCAUAAACGAAGCCCUGUGAGAUCUGUGGAAGAGAGGAAGGAGGAUUAUGACAGAGCACGUGCUCGGAUUUUUAGUAGCUCUGAGUUGGGAGAUGUUUCGGCCCAAGUUGUUUCGGAUGGAAAGAGUUUAAAUAAUUCCAGUGAGGAAGAAGUUCGUAGAAUCGUUGGUGUUGAUGGGGACAAAAGCGUCAAGGAAAUAAGUUGUGUUUCGAGGGUAGCGAUUUUUAGGGAUAGAGAGAAGGACCGAACGGACCCUGAUUAUGAUCGAAGCUAUGACAGCUUCCUUGCAGCUGCAAAGGACCUUCAUAGCAGCCCCUUUAGGCUGAAUUUUCAGCUUUAG